GUGGCAUCACAUCAGCACAGACAAGAACCCAGCUGAUCAUGGGACAAGACUGGUGCCAGCCGCUGCACUCAUGCAAACUAACUGGUCCGUAGGUCCAUCCUUUCUUCGUAAACCAGAAACCAAAGAAACUACUCAGGUAGAGGCCUUUCAGCUCAUAGAACCAGAUCAAGACAAAGAGGUAAGACCUCAAGUGACAGUUUGUAGGACUUUAGUUACAAGAGACAGUCUGGGCGCUCAUAGAUUUGAAAGGUUUUCCAGCUGGAAGUCGCUGACCCGUGCAAUCGGAAAACUUAUCUGUCUAGCCAGAUCCUCCUGCAGAGCUACCAAUACUGAUCAGCAUAGCAAUGACCACCUUGAACAAGCCAAGGUCACGAUCAUCAGAUGCAUCCAACAGGAAGUCUUUAAAGAAGAAAUCCAAGGCCUUCUGAAAAAGGAAGAGAUUUCUCAACACAAUUCACUCAAGGACUUUUACACCAAGCAAUGGAAACAAGUUCAAAGUCUUGCGGACAUUUUCUGGAAGAGGUGGAGACAGGAAUACCUGGUGAUCUUCCAGCCAUGCGAGAAAUGGCAAGAUGACAAGCCCAAUUUACAAGUUGGAGACGUUGUUUUACUGAAAGACUCUCAGGCCCACAGGAACGAGUGGCCUAUUGGACUCAUUGUGGGGACUGAUCCUAGUAGUGAUGCUAGAGUUAGAAAGGUUGAAGUUAGGAUUGUUAGACAGGGCAUUCCCAAAGUGUAUGCAAGGCCAAUUUCUGAAGUAGUUUUACUUCUGUCCAAGGGUUAGUGGCAUAACAAAAAGUAUGCCAGGUGGGGAGUGUGCUGCCUUCACAAUGUAUUUUACAUGCUUGGCACUUAGCAGGGUCUGUUCCUUUAAGACCCUCCAUUUUCUUGAAGCCUAGAGGCGGGCCUUCUCUCUAAAGCAUAGGGCUAGCUCCGGCAUGUCUCAUUCAUUCCAGCUCCAGCCACCACAGUGACCAGAUCCACAGGACUUCUUAAAGCUAAUACAGACUGCAAAUCUGAUAAAUACCAAAGCCUGUGAGUACGGAAUUGCUAGUUAGCCUGUGUAGAGAGAUGCUAGGCAUUUGUAGAUAGAUAAUGUGUGUUUUCAGUGUGUAGUAAGUGAGCACAUGUUAGACCCUAUCUAUGUAUUAGCUAUGCAUAAUGUAAGGCACUUGAAUAGCCAUGCUUACAUUUGUCUUUCAUAUGUUUGUUUUACAGUUUUACCACUUUCAUUAUAUCUCAGUAAAGAUUACAUCAGUUAAGCAAACCAGCGUGUCUUUCCUUGAGAUUCGGUAUAAACUUGAUGUGAAGCUGUGUCCACGAGACAGCGGAGACAUUAUAAGAAUUACAGUUAAGGAUCAGCUGCUACCAUGUCCACAUGCCUCGAGACCGGAUCGG